AUGCUCAAUCAUUGUCGACAUCGUUAUCGUGAUAAUAAACGAAUGCUUGAACAAAUUGAUCAAUUUCAAAAAGAAUAUACAGUUAAUGAUGCUAUUAACUGGUAUACACGUCCAACAUUUAUCUUUGACGUCGUUAAUACAGCACUAAGAACAAAUGCAAUGGAAGAUAUGUAUAGUUUUCGAUGGUAUAUUAUUGAUCUAUCUCAUUGUUUACGACAACAAUGGGAAAAACAACGUUCUCAAUUCGUUUCACCUUUGCAUCUUUAUCGAGGAAUAACCAUGACAAAAGUUAUGUUUGAUAAACUUCGAUCCUAUGACGUUGGAACUCUCAUAUCUGAAAGUAGUUUUUUAUCAACAAGUUAUCAUAAUGAUAUAUCAGAAAUGUUUGCUGGUAGUGGCACAUUAUCAUCAAACACCGAUCUUGUGUCCGUUUUAUUUCAUAUCACUGUUAUGGAUGCACAAAAUCCAUAUGGUCCAAUAUUUAUUGAUACUGCUUUUUACGCUGUUAAUCCCGAUGAAAGCGAGAUCCUAUUUGAUAUGUGUACUUUAUUUCGAAUAAUGGAUAUUUCUUACGAUGAAUCAAAACAAACAUGGAAUGUUAAACUCAUUGCUGUACCAAAAAAUGAACCGAAUUUUAAUAUACAGAAAAAUUUUCGUCUAUCUGAUCAUGAACAAAAGAAAUUGUAUGAAACAUUUCAAAAACAAAUGAUGGGAUGGCGCAUGUUUCUGAUGAAAGACGCUAGUGGUUCUUUGGUUAAUAAAGUAUUUUCUGAUUUUGAUUCUGAUGGGGACGAAGGUAAGUUUCAACGUAAUAUGAUAACUUCGUUUUUCGGUAAAACAAUUAAAUCACUGACGGCAAGUCAAACACGAACGGAAGUAGCAACGGCGACAGUAGUAACACUCGAUAUGACAAAGACAUUUACACAUAAUAAUUUGACAGUACAUCAGCCAAUACAUCGACGAUUUAUUCAAUGUUUUUCUAGAAAUUGCUCUUCACUAUUGCACAAUGUUUUUCCACUCACAUUUGAUCAAUUGGGAAAAAAGUUCAGACACUUUCCUUAA